AUGGAGGAGAAUUCCUUAUCAACACCAAAUGCUGUCAACAGCCAGGGGUCAUGCCCUGUCCUAGAUGGGCCCUCUCCCUCCUCCCCAAAAAAGAUUCCUCUGUCUCAGAUCUCUUGUGACCUUCCUGCUGACCCCUCCGCCUCUCAAAAACCUACAACCUCAACAGAAACAGCUACAGAACCUAGAAAAUCAUCACUCCCCUCUCAGCCAUCCCCUCGUACCAACUCUAAACCCAAACCGAUGGAUUCACCCCCUUCUUCAGAGCCGUCAAAGCCUUCAGCCACUGCUGUUUCCUCUAAACCUCCAUCUAAAACUGUUUCCACUAAAUCUGCUCCUCCUGUGACAAGCAAAACACCACCAUUUGCCUCGUCCAACUCUCCUACCCCUCAAAUCCCCAAAGUUUCAUCCAUUUCCAAGCCUACAUCUGCAUCUUCUACACCGGCUAAUUCAGCCAACACUCCAACAGAUCCUUCUGGUACUCCUCCAGCCCCAGCGAAACGCACCUUUGCUUCAGUGGCAAAGCGGGUGAUCAUACAGGAAAGACUCAGGAAAGCUGAGGAGGAAGCCAAUGAUGAAGAGGAAGGUAAGCAUGCCUUUAUUUAGAGUUGGGGGUUAAAUUGUAUAUUACUGAAGUUAAGGAUGCAUGUGGUGUGUUUGGGGAGAAAUAGUAGUUGUGUCCCUGCAUUCAAGAAAACAUCUCUGGCAUGGCCGUUAUGAAAAUGACAAUUGCACACUUUUUAAAUCAUGUAAGUUGAACAUAUAUCUAUUUAAAAAAAAAAGAUGCAAGAACAGUAAAUAAAACCUAAUAUACAUUAAUAAAGGUCCUUCUUUAGACCAUAUACUUUAUCUCAUCAUUCAAUAUUUAGGUCUCUGUUAGUAGACCAGUGCUCAGUAAAAUAUCUAAACACUUUUUUGUCCUGUUUAUAGCAUGACUGGCAGGUUGAGAUUUGUAAACACACACACUCAGUGACUUUCAAUCCAUGUAACAUGCACCAUGUGAACUGUGGAGGUCAGACUUUCAUGCUAACAGCCUGGCUCUUGGCCACGAUUUCAGAAAUGACUGAAAAACUACAGACUGUUGCAAAAUGACGUAUCCACGCUCCCGGCUUGAAGGGAAAUGCGUACAUGGGUUAAAUGGGUUAAAGGGGGCUGCUCUGUUUUAAGUCCAACUGGUGGCUCCUCACAACACAUCAUAUCCAAUUAUGUGCCAGUUUCCUGCUCUCUGCAUUGUCUUAUCCUCUUAAUAAAGGCAGGAAAGCCCAUGAAUAAACUCAAGACAGGAUUACUCUUUUGCUAAAUAGUUCAACGAUAUAGACUUUGUGUCUGAUUAAAUUACAACAGUUUUUAAAGAUAUAUAUAAAGAGAGAGACUUUUUGCCUUUAUUUAAGAGGACAAGACAGUGAAUAGAGGAGGAAACAGGAGCACAGAAUAGGGAGCAACAUGUGGGAGAGAGGCUACAUGUAGGAACUGAACAUGUCUAUGUGAGGAUCCAUGUGCUAGGCCGACGGGGGUGUUAUCCACCCUGAAAUGACAAUGGUUCAUUUAGUGCGUUAUAAAACAGUCAUCCCAACUUUACAUCCCUUGAGCCAUUUUUGUCAAUAAAUGUGGUAAUAUUACUACUAUUAUAACAUUAGAAAUAUUACUACCGCAUUAUAUUAUUUCCGCAAUUUUAACGGAGCGACGUCCUCACGUGGAGCCACGCACACACACACUUACCCAAAUAAGCGCCAAACAUUUCCCUCCCCGCCAGCGUCGCUAAUUCCCCACUAAACAGCGCCACUUUUCCUUCUCGUUUCUCUGUUGGAUAGGGUAACCAAGGUUUCACACUUGGAGCUCUAUCAGUUAACUUAAACACACGUUAACAUUAAUAUUGAUCCCUCCACUUACUUGCCGGGUGUCCAUUCACGCCAUCAUGCCGGUUCAUGUUUCCAAUCGAGGAAACAGAGCGCGUGAUUUCCGGGUGUAAAAUAGGUGGGUAUGGAGGGUCAAAGUGGUCACAUGAUGCGAGAAAAAUUAAUCCCUUGUUGUUUGCCUUGAAUCCCUAAAAACUAAUGCUCCAUUGAUUUGUGUAAAAAUGGCAAAAAUUUACAGAAAAAAAGUCUGAAGGUUAAAAAUGGUAAAAAUGGUUUAAAUGUGAAUAAUUGAGUUUUUUUCCAACUUAUAUAAUGGAUAACGCCCACUGGGAGGGGCUAGGGGGGCUGAAAACAAGGCUUUCUGGACCUUUCUUUCUUUGAGCCCGGAGUUUGUUGCAUGAACAGUAACUACCAAACUGACUUUUGUAUUGCUGCUUUCUGUUUUUUUUUUUUCUCUUGAGUGAGAAUUUUUAAGUUAUGGUUACAUUUGUGUACAUUUGUAGAUAGAAUUUGACCAUUUUUCUGCACUUUUGUAAAUAUUGUUGCACAACACCUUGGAAGGCCGGCUGUAAAUCACAAGAACCCCGCAACAGGGGGUUAUGCGCAUAUUUAGUAAAAUACUCUGGGUGAGGCGGCACCUGUGAAAAUGACACUUUUUCCCGUUUUUUAAAAUUUUUUUAAUGACAUCAGUGAGCAGCUCUGGUGAUGCUGUUGCGAUUUCAGUAUCAUGGGUACACAGUUGUCAGCUAAGACUGGUUACAGCCAAUGAUUUGAUGUUGGAGAUGGGCACUGUGUUGAUGGAGCAGAGUGAACUUGUUACAGGAUAUCUGCAGACAGACAGAUGCACAGACAUGUUUAAAGUGCACACACUUUCACAACUACUCCACCUAUGACUUCUUGCUAUUCUCAUGUUACAAGACAUAUGUCAGUCGGGAGCUGUUCAUUGCUGGCUGUGAACAAGGUGUGUAUGAAAAUGAACAGUGAGUCACAUUGCUUCUCAAUGAAGUUGUAUUACUACAAUAGUCACAUGUCAGGUUGGCCGUCCUGUAAUCAGGAGGUUCCCAAAGUAGGGGUUAAGACAGGAUGCCUGUUGAAACAUAAUUUAAUACUUCAUUGUUCAUCCAUUGUUGUAGAAAUAGUGGAGUUUAAUAACCAGUUUUCUUUUUCUUAAAUUGCCACAUGACUUUUACAGAUUAAACGAGAACAUCACUUUCAGCAGGUCAAGUUGCAGCUGGACAGGAAAACAAAGGAAUAUGUGCAAAAGUUGAAAAGUAAAAUACUUUAAAAUGAUAAAUUAUGUUUGCCUGUUGUGUCCUGUUAUGUUGUUCUCACACCUGUUUUUGGAAUGGCUUAUUAGUGUGUGCAUGCAGCUGUGAGCAAUGUCAAGACACCUCAAGGGACAGUGGUGGUCACCAGUCCCUGGCACCCUUAUUUCAAAGGUAAUGAGCUGAAAAGUUUGGGAAACCCUUGCUUUAUUCCACUGAUUGAGGGUGGUGUUUCUUUUAUUUAUUGAGAUAUUUAUAUGGACCUUCGAGGCAUCUCCUUUAUCUUUCUUUUGUAUCCAGAAGAAGAACCAGAGGAAGAUUUGUCUGUGGAGCAGAUGGAAGAGAAGGCCAAAGCUGGCGAUGCCAGAGCUCAGACCCGUGUGAGUAUGAGAGUACUUGCUUACAGGCUGGCACUUGGCAUUGUUUUCAGUACUGCUGGUUGAGUCAGUCUGGUUAUGUGCAUGCAUCUAUUUUUGUCCAUUUGGAAGAUGAUCCAAGUCUGUUAAUAUGAUACACUGAGAAGAUAUUGUGUCAGUCCCAAAUCAUUAUGCAGACUAUCAUAGCAUAUUGCAGCACUGCUCUGAACUUGUGCAGUGAUUUAAAAAGUUCAUAUUCUCUUUGCUUCAUAUUUAUUUACUCGUCAUUGCAAACUUAAACAGAGGUACUGUCAGAAGAAAAGGGGGGUAGGGGUGGAAGAUGAGCCCAGACUUUGCCGUUUAGAUGCCCCAGUUCUAAAAGGGUACAUUCCUAAGUGGCUGGUUACACGUCUUGAACUCGCCUGUGCUAUAUGUCAUGUAUUGCACAUGUGAACUUAAGACCACAGGGUGUGUUUGUAAAAGUGAACAUACAUGUGACAGCACAUCAGCACAGUGGUGGUAUUUAGUGAACACUGAGUUUGUCUCAUAUAUCAAAGCACAUGAGCUUAACAUUAUAAAAGAGAUGUUUCAGCAUAAUUCUUAAACAGGAAAUAAGCUUUUAUGGUUUCUUCUUUUAGUUAGAGUAUAAUUAUUGGCAUUAAGAUGCUCUAAAAAUCACUUGAAAAGCAGGUUCAUAAACUGGAAUAUACUAAUGCUGAGUCAAAUCAAAUGGAGAUACAUCUCCUCUCCUUAAAAAUAGACACAUUUGGUUCUCACUGUGGGGGAAGUUGUAAAAUUACAGUUAAGAUUAGAAAACAGUCACUUGAUAUUCUACUGGGGUCUCUGCUACUGACAGAUUAACUAGAUGGCUAUCGGGACGGGAGAUUAUAGACCCUGAAUUCAUGAGUCAUCCAUGGGAUUUCUGAACUUCACAGUGAAACCUAAUGGAUUGAAUUUCCUAAUGAGAAAACAGAGGAUUGUCUCAACUGAGUACUGAUUUACAAGUAAUAGUUCUAGUUCAGUUUUCAGUGCUGUUUGCACAAUAAAUAAAAUCUCAUUUAAAUGGAAGAAUCUCUUUAAAAAUCCAUGUUUAACUUCAAUGAUUAAAUACCCCAAGACCACCCAAGCUUACUGUCUUACUGUUCUUGUCUGUUUCAGCUGGGUCAGCACUACUUGCUUCUUGCAGGAGAGAAAGACACAGAGCAAAACAAUCAGCUGGCUGUGACUUGGCUGGUUAAAGCGGCUAAACAAGGGAGGAAAGGUGCAGCAAGAGCACUUCAACGCUGUUGGAUUCAGAGGAAAGGUCAAUACUCAUUUAACUCAAAUUACGCGUGUGUUUUUGUAUCUGUGUUCAUUCACUGAUUGUUGCCUGUCAUCCUCUACAAGGAAUUACUCCAGAGAAUGAGGCUGACGUGCGUAAGUUGGCAACAGAGAGUAAGUUUGAGCUGGCGGUGCGUAAAGCAGCCAUGAUGAUGUACUGGAAACUCAAUCCAGAGAGGAAGAAGAAAGUGGCUGUGGCUGAGAUGCUGGAAAAUGUCAGCCAGGUCAAUGCCGUCCCAGGUAGGAUGCACGCACACCCCUACCAUAUCAAGUAUUUUAUGAAAGGUGACAGCAAUCCUGCCUGGUUGAAAACACUGCAGAGAGACUUGCAGUAUUUUGUUAUUUGUUGGCACAGUAUCAUACAUUUCUUUCAGAUCUCAGUGUUUGCAGCUGUCACUGUGAAGAAUAUCACAUUGCAUGCUGAGGCUGUAAAAGCUGUUUGUCACUCACCGCUGCUAUGAUCAUGUCUCACCAAAAGGUGGCACUGCAAGCAGGAUUCCUGCCCCAACCUCAGGCCAGACGCAGAAAGUAUUGGAGAGCAUGGUCAGCAGUGAGUGUAAGUAUCUACACAGUGAAAGAGAGAAAGAAAGAGAGAACAUGCCUUCAUAUACCUACUUUUGUCUCCCUUAGCGUCACAUCUGGUGGACAUGGAUGACUUUGUUGAGAUGACUAAACAGUAUGCUCAAGGUAUUGUCCCUUCUGCACCCCAAAGUGGCAGUCAGGUUACAACCAUGACUGGACGCUCUGCACCUCAGGUCAGAGCCGAAGAGGUAAAAAUACCCUCUACUGAAAUAAAGAUUACCUGUUAACACAAUGCUGUUUUAAUUUACUUGUUUCUAACCAGUAGGUCUGGUGUGUUUGAUGCGAUUGUGUUUGAAAGCAGAAGGCUGAGCUGGUCCCAUCAGGUCACAGGAGGACCCACAGGAGUUCUUGGAGUUUUGGACGAAGUAGGAUGAUGCUCCGCUCUGAGCAGAAUGGGGCCAUUCAAAAAGCCAUGGACAUGAAAUCACGCCUGAUGGUACAACAUUAAACUCGGUUUUUGAAUAGUUCUUGAAUUCUUAUGAAUGCAUCAUACACCUGAUGUUUUCGGACCUGUUGAAUGGAUAAAUUCUUGAUUCCUUUUGUGGGUUUUAAACGUUAAUAACUCCAGUCACAUCUGUUUUUCUUCUCUUCAGAUGCUGCAGUAUCCGCUGCAUGCCAUAGUUGAGAUGAAAGAGCACCUGGUGGACUGGGCAUCGCGGGCUGGUGUCCAGUGGCUGAGCACUAUCAUCCCCACACAGCACGUCAACGCACUCAUCUUCUUCUUUAUCAUCAGCAACCUGACCGUUGACCUGUUUGCUUUUGUCAUCCCUCUGCUCGUCUUCUACCUCUCUUUCAUCUCCAUGAUCAUCUGCACACUGAGGGUUUUCCAGAGCAGCAAAGUGAGUGUCGUCAUUUCUGUACAAUGCUGCUGGUAUUUCUAUUUUUUAUUGAGACAUUUAUGAGCAACUGUUUACAUUUAGAUAGUCGCUCUGACUGAGUAAUAAGAAGUAUGUUAUGAUAUCAAGCGGCUUUCUCUUCUUUCCUUGUGUUCUUGCAGACUUGGGAGAACUUCAGUGCCCUGACAUCUCUGCUGACACGUUUUGAACCUGGCCUGGAUGUGGAGCAGGCAGAAACUAACUUUGGUUGGAACAACCUUGAGCCAUAUCUUUAUUUCAUCCUCUCUGUUUUCUUCGUCAUCUUCUCCUUCCCCGUUGCUGACAAGGGCUGGAUCCCUUGCUCUGAGCUCUCCACUGUGGCGAUCUUCUUUACCGCCGUCAGCUACAUGAGUCUCAGUCCGACUGCUGCUGCAUAUGCACGCAGAGCGAUGGUCAUAGAGGUCAGGUAGAGCACAACACCUAUCAUCAUAUGUCACUAAAUAAUCGCAUUCCCAGUCUUUAUAGCGAAUGGAAACUGUGUGUUUCAGUGUGUUUAUAUGUAAUUUGAUUUUUUAAAUGAGAAACAAACGAGUUAAUGUACUUUUUUAUUUUUAAAUCAGGUAGCUUCGUCACUGUGUUGCCUGACUCAGUUCCUGCCAGAAGACAUGACAACGCUUCGUUCCCUGGGUCGUACCUUUGCUACGCUUCCUCUAGGGGAGUCAGUGGUGCUGAAGCUCAGUCUUCCUUGUCUGCUUUACGUUUACCUGUUCUACCUAUUCUUCAGGUGAGUUGAUUUGUCAAAUUCUAAUCUGUUUACAGAGAUAUCUGCAGGCGUCAGACAAGACAUUUGCUGCAGAAACAUCCUCGUCUCUAUAGUCUCAAAAGUUUCUAUCUGACUGUUUUUGAGUAGAUCUUGGUUUUUUAAAGGAACAGUUGAUGUGGAGAGAAAAAAAUCAUUCUGUGUCAUCCAUAAGGCACUUAAUGAACUGUAGUCCGACUACAGUUUAACAAUUAUUAAUCUCUACAAAAUGAAUUUAAUAUGAUUUCAUUCUCAUCAUUUUUACUGGUAAUGUGCUUAGCGGAUUGUCAUCCUAACCAUAUAGUAGGUUAAACUUCUAAUUAAUUGUUUUAUUAUUUUAAGCCUCCAAAUGUUGGUCGAAUACUGUAUUUAAGCUGUAGCCCAGCCAUCUCCCACUAGCCAGGGCUGUGUCCCCUGAUAAUGGCUACUACCAUCUCCUAGCAUGGUGGGGUUUUACAGUACAUCAAUCUAAAUAAUAGAAUUAGGUUUUAUGUAUCUGUGUCAUAUGACGUGCAAGUUCAAACAUUGAACACAGGCGUUGUGGCGCUGCUACCGUCACAGAAACCUGGAAAAAGCUUGACAGUGUAAUUCCAUUUGACCUCGUUCAUCUGCUUCAUAAUUUCAACUCUAUUUUUAAAACCCACUUUACUUCUAAUUAGUAAAUUGAGAACAACAAAGGACCCCUUGACCCAGCUAUCCUUUGGUGCUUAAUCAGCAGCAGAAACACUGAAAACCCAAAAGUCCCCGGGGUUCUGAGAUUGAUUAUUUGCCUUUUUAGAUGACAGAUUGUGUUAGUGGUAUUUUAAAUUAAUCCCAGCUGACUUGUUUAUUGAUUGACUAAAAUGAACAUCACACUCCUCUCUGGUUGUUUUCCCCUCUCAGCAUGGCGAGGAUGCGUGGUUUCAGAGGAACUUACUGCUUCCUUGUCCCGUAUCUCGUGUGCUUCAUGUGGUGCGAGUUCUCAGUGGUGCUCCUCCAGAAUUCCUCCGCAGUUGGACUAAUCCGCACCUGCGUGGCCUACUUUCUCUUCCUAUUCGCCUUGCCUAUUCUGGCUUUUGGUCUUGCAGCUAUGCUCUUAAUCCAGAUUUUCAAGUGGUUCCUUGAGCUGGAGCUCACCAAGAUGAUUGUCACCCUGGUGAUUUGUGCAAUUCCUGUCACUCUGCGACUGUGGACACGUUUCAGUCUGUCUAUCUUGGAUGUCUUCCGCUCACUUACCCACCGUGGCCCAGUCAAACUCAUCUUACUCUGUAUCUCCAUGGUGAUCUUGUUUUUUGCCAUCUAUGUGUACCAUGCUGAGGGACAGAAGGUGUACAAUUCCACACUUACUUGGGGACAGUACAGUCAGGCAUGUGGGCCUCCUGCCUGGGAGACGAAAGGCAUGGCCCAGACACAGCUUUUCUGUAGCCACCUGCAAGGACACAGAGUGACCUGGACUGGUCGAUUUAGGCAUGUACGUGUGGCCGAGACAGAGAAUGGGGCGCAGUCUGUCAUUAACAUGUUGCCAGUGUUCAUGGGGGACUGGCUGCGCUGUCUCUACGGAGAGGGAUAUCCGAAAUGUGAGCCCAAGAAUGCUACAGCGGCUAACCCUACUGCUGCCAACUUGGCGUCUGGUUCUGCCUCAGCCACGGUUUCACUACCCUUGCUGCUCCGAAUGCAAGAAGAAGAAGAGUUGUGCCAGCUCAAGGCUCUGGCAAAACACGCUUGCCACAUCAAGCGUUUUGAUAGCCAUCGCUUUGAGGUGACGGUAGGUAUGAUCCGGGAUGGUGGCAUAGACGACCCAUCCAGAGAUGUAAUCCUAAUGGCCAGCCAUGAGUUCAGACAAGUUCUCCUGAACCUGAGUCCUGGUAACAUGGUGGAGUUCAGUACCAAACUAGAGGGUCGACUGGGGGGCAGAGCUCCAGCCUUUGAGUUGAAGGCCAUCCAUUGCCUGGAUUGUGUUUCUUCACUGCUGACUGGAGGCAGGCAGGUGAAGAUUGAGAGAGACUGGAGACGUACCACGAUGAGAGCGCUGAAGUUUGCAUUUGAUUUUUUCUUUUCCCCUUUCCUGUCGGCAAAAAUCCCUGCAUGA